AGGAAAGAUCCUCAUUGCACGAGAGACAUCGCUAACAGAUACAUAUAUAUAUAUUUUUGUCUCUAAAAUGCUGUGCUACAUAUAAAGAGCAGAUUUUUGGUGAGUUUGAGCUAAUUUUUUUCUUGAAUACAUGCACAACAGUCUUGGAUGCUAAACAAUGAUACAAGGUUUGUCUGAGAUUGCUGCUAUGUGCAUCGGCUUGAUGGGGAUGAUCGGUGCCUCUGCAACGGCUGGCUUGCCUAUGUGGAAAGUCACAGUUUCCACUGGAGAAAAUGAAACAGAGAUGGAGACCCGUUGGGAGGGUUUGUGGAUGAACUGCCAUAGAGACACAAACAUCAGGAUGCAGUGUAAGGUGUAUGACUCCUUGCUUGAUAUCUCCCCUGAGCUGCAGGCUGGCAGAGGUCUGAUGUGCUGUUCUAUUGCAUUGUCAGGAGUCGGGCUGUUGGUCGCUCUGGCUGGGAUGAGAUGCACUUCCUGCUUUCAGGGUAUCAAAUGGGCAAAAACUGUAAUCCUAAUGGUUGCUGGGGGAAUACAGUUUAUGAGCUGCAUCUGUGUGUUUGUACCUGUUUCAUGGACUGGCUACGUUAUCGUAAGAGAUCUACAUAACCCACUGCCGACUAAUACAGAGAGAAGAGAGGUGGGAGAUGCCCUAUACAUUGGUUGGGCGACUGGAGCUUUCCUUUUGGCCUCAGCCUUGUUGUUUACCUGCAGAUGUUUGGCCUCAGACGGCAAGCUAACAAUGACGAGCUAUUACCCCGUCUCACCCCUCAAGUCAACUAGGAAUUCUCAGAGGAACAAAACUUUAGAUGAACUUCCUAUACCACUACAAACUGCUGCUCAUGACAUGAUGAGCAGUGAAGCCCAGAGGAACCGGUCUGCAUGCUCUCAGAAGGCUGGAAACAUUCAUAUCUCAGGAAACUCAUUGUAUGCAACCCAGAACACAAGUUCAUUCAGUGGAAUGUGUGACCCAGUGGCAUAUAACUGCUAUUAUUAAAUUGAAUUAUUAAAAGAAUGUGAUAUCUUAUCUUCAUAGAAAAAUAAUAUUAACAAAGGUCACAAUUAUUUAUAAGUGUUGUGAUUCCUCUAUUUCCUUAAAAAUGUACUCAGCAGAAGAUAUGUUAGAAGGAUGCUUCUUUACUUGUAUUAAAAGUUUGUUUAACCUCUAUAAAAGUUUGUUUGUAAAAUGCAUUAUUCUUAAUAAACAGAUAAACAGGAACUCUGACCCAGCUUGAUGUAGAUAGAACUGUAAAAUUAUUAUACUCUAAGUAAACAGUUCAUUCACUGUUAUGAUAUAAACAAAAAUAUAGUUGAACUUAUUUAAUACAAUAACAAAAAAGGUUAAACAACAGAAAUUAUAUUUUGGGGACAUCAAAGCCAUAUCCCACUUUUUCACCGAGUUCCCUAAGCCUGGCUCUACUCCAUUCCAGCAAAUUUAAAACCUUUCCAUGUUCAAAUGUUUUAAUAAUUGCUGAUUUUACCUACUUCUGAGCUGGGCCAAAAGCAAAACAAAAGGACAGCUCCUGCAAAAGCAGUAAUGGAAAUGUUGGAAAUUAAGUUAGUUGGAGUGGAGUCAUUGGAAAAAACAGCAACAGAUUUUGGAUAAACAGAAACCAGAGGUGUUGUGCUGCCUUGCACUUGUCAUCACAUCAAGUGGAAAAAUGUUAGCAGAUAUACCAGAAUUGAAAACAUACAUAAACUGUAUUCUCUUUUGGUUUGUCAUGAGUAAAAAUAAAGAAGCAUCUGAGUUUCUUUGUUAAAACACGCUUAAAAGGUGUGCCUAAAUACACUCACAUAAAUAUUUCGCCCAAAUUUAAAGAUGUACAAUUUUAUUACACAACACAUUCACAUUUACUUUUUUUCCUAGAUCGUUUUAAUGAAUACAUAAUAAAAAAUAAACAUUACAUGAUGCAUAUUCAUUAAAUUAAUUAAGCAUUUUUAUUUCAAAUACAUAAAGAUUAUUGUUUGAAUUCCAUAGAUCUGAUAAUUAUGCAAUUCAAACAAAUAAACUUUAUUAGUAUGUGUAAACUUGUGUAAAAAGUUAUAGAUUAUUCUUCCAUUUACCCAGUACAAUAAAACCAAUCAUUUGAUUUUUUUUAUCUUUGUUAUCUUAUAACAUUUUCUAGAUUGAUUUAAUAUUUCACAAAGAUGAAAACAUUUUUAUUUCUUUACAAAGUGUAUUUUAAUGUCUGGUCUCAACUGUAUAAGACCAAAUUGUCAAGAAAAUAUCUAAAAGUAGUAAUGACUCUCGUUCCAAUCUUUCUGUUUCAUUUAAAGGUGUUACAGAAAAGGGUAUCAGUAUCAUGAAAUAAAAUGCUACUUGUUUAUUUUGUUUUCAUUUUUGGUGUAACUGCAAUACUUGGUGGUGUUUAUUUUAGAACUUUUAACUUUCAGCAGAGAUUUGUGAUGAAAUCUUAAAUAAAGUGACGUAAUAUUUAAAGUCUGUAUGUUCUUACACAACAUUUUUUUUCUUUUCAAGUCCAAUGUAACUUGGUUUUGGAGGGUGGGCAUUAUAAGCUUAUUGCUUCUGCAAAUACACCCUUUCAGACAGUUUUUUAAAUUUAUGUUACAAGGACAUAUACUGUCAUUUAUUGUAUA